AUGGAGGAUGAUAAUGAAAACUGUACGUCUAGUUCGACCAAUCGCAGCGCCUCUGAGAGCUCUAAGGCCGUGUCCAAACCUCGACGGGUGCAGCAGGCCCCCAGCGACCCUGACCUGCCCCCAGGGUACGUGCAGAGCCUGAUUCGGCGAGUGGUGAACGUGGUCAAUAAUCUGAUUCUGAAGUAUGUGGAAGAUGACAUCUUGUUGUCGGUCAACAUCACGUCUGCGGAGUGCUACACGGUGGACGAUCUGUGGGACCGAGCCUUCAGAAUACAAACACAGGAAGUUGUGCUGUGUUGCCACAAGCAACCACUAUUUAGAGCAGUGAAGAAGAAAUACAAACGUGCUAGCAUUAUGUCCGCGGUUUGGCAGUAUUUCAGACUGGACCAACCAGCCAGUAAAGCGGCGACAUGUCUCAUAUGCCAUACUGCAAUUUCUAGGGGUGGCACAAGUAUUAGCAACUUUAACACGAGUAACUUAAUAAAGCAUUUGAAGACAUGUCACCCCGUAGAACACAAUGGUUACACAAAAGCUAGGGCAGAGAAGGAUGAGCCAUGCCAGACUCAACAAACUUUGGAAGCUUCAUUCAAACGAAGAGAAAAGUUUUCACAAGACAGCCAACUAGCGACAAAGAUAACCGACAAAAUUAUCGAGUUUAUUGUUCUGGAUGACCAGCCACUGUCAGUGGAGCAGUUGGAGCCCCGGUACAGUUUGCCUGGUCGCAAAUACAUCUCUGAAACAGUGCUUCCUAAGCUAUAUGAGACAGUGCGUGAACACAUUUCAUGUAAACUAAAAGAUGUGCAAUCAAUCAGCUUUACUACCGUCAUCUGGAGCUGCGACGCGACCCCACUGUCUUUACUAAGUUUGACAGUACACUGGGUGGACACGGUGACGCCGUCAUCUUUUACUAUUCAAAGUGCAGUGCUGCAAGCUAACGAGCUUCGUGGGUCACACACCGGCAAGUCCAUAGCUGAAGCAAUUGAGGGGAUGCUUGUGAGAUGGUAUCGGGAAGGGAAAAAGGGUAUCGGAACAUCUCUAGUGGAGAGUCUGAAGCUCUCUCUGAUGGACCAGCAGCUGCCCAUGUUCAUCCGGCUGAUGGAGCUGGGUGUCGCGCUGUAUUACGGAGAGAUGGGCGUCCAUCGAGACGCAGAGAAGGAGGAGAGCGGCUCGCUUCGAGAGAGCGUCUCUGGUCUGAUGGACGCGUCCGAUCCGGCUCUGACGGGUCAGUACUUCCAGGGCGAGGAUGAAGAUGAAGGCUUAAUGUCGUGGGCCUGGUCCUUCGUCCCGGCCAUCGUGAGCACCGGAGAGGAGGAGGGCGAGGUUUGCGUGGGGCUGCAGGAUUUUCCUGCGCUGCGUAAAGACGAGCCGCCGCUAGUGCAGGUGAUGUCGGUGAAGAGGAUCGCGGUCGGUCCGUUAGACCUGCAGCUCCACAGCAGUGCCGUCCACCGGAUCCUGAAGAUGGCCGCUUGCACGCUGGACCACGAGUACCAGCCCUACUGCAGACCGCAGCCGGGUGCGGUGCUGUUGGUGAGCGUUCAGGGCAUCGCUGUCAAUGUGGAUCCGGUUCUGACCUCAUGGCUGCUGUUCCACCCUCAGAGAACCAGCGGCAGCAGACAGACGCAACAGGUUUCCAUGGUGAUAAAGAAGAGGAGGGAGGAUGAAGCAUCUGUUGGCAGCACACCACUAACCAAACAACCCAGUAAUCAGGCGUCAGACUACACCAGCAGUCCUGUGAAGACCAAGACUUAUGACAGUGUGUUGAGCGCCGGACACCGGCGCAUGGAGCCGCUGCAGGACGUCCCGUUCACUGUUCCCAGACCCUGUGUGUGUGUGUGUGUGUGUGCAGGCGAUGCGUUCCCGUGGACAGUGUGUGUGAGUCAGCUGAGCGUCUACUCUCUCCUGGGACAGCAGCGGUCUCUCAGCGUGCUCGAGCCGGUGGGAUGCACCUCCACACUGGCGCUCACUGCUCCCAAACCGCAGCCUGACAGCAGAGACGCCUUCAUCAUGUGUCUGCAUGUGGACCUGCAGCCGGUGCACCUCAAAUGCUCCAACCCUCAGGUCCAGCUGGUGUUUGGUUUGUGGUGUCGAUGGAGUCAGAUCUUCAGUGUGUUUGACCGGAUGCAGAGCAGAGGAGCUCAGAGAGCGUCAGCCGGAUUCCCAGACUCCUCGGCGCCCCCCGCUGGACCCUUGUCACCCGUCCACAGCAGUGUGGGCACCAUUCCUCUGGACACCAGCAACUACAGCCCGUCAGCUAACCUGGGCUCUCCUACAGAGGGGGAUUCGGCGUACACCGAGGACCCUGCGGCCGGUGAGACCAUGACUCUGGAGCAGAAGACCUGCAGCAUCAGCAGCGCCAGUGGAAAACUCAGCAUCUGGAUGCAGAAACAGGAAGUAGCUCAGGGCUCUCGGGCCGCAGGGAUCACAGCUGCCCUGAGAGCAGAACAAGCAGAGAUUGACAGAGAACUGACACGAUCCUCCGGUCGCCUCAAGUACAGGAAGAAAGACACGGUUGUGCUGAAGAUUGUCGCUCCUCAGGCCGACAAUCCACUGCCGCGCUCCGUCCUGCGCAAAGACAUCUACCAAUGGGUGCUGAAUCUGGGCGUUCUGCGUGACCCGGGGUCAGAGGUCGAGGACCAUCAGUAUCAGACUGACCUGCAGUGCAUCAACAUGGGCACGGCUCACUGGGACGAGCUGCGGCCGGAGCGCGAGGGGUCAGCGGGCGGCUCUCCUGCAGACGGGGAAAGGAGUUCCCAGAAUCCCAUGCUGGAGUGGAACAUGACUAGCAGAUGGGUGCUGAAUCUGGGCGUUCUGCGUGACCCGGGGUCAGAGGUCGAGGACCAUCAGUAUCAGACUGACCUGCAGUGCAUCAACAUGGGCACGGCUCACUGGGACGAGCUGCGGCCGGAGCGCGAGGGGUCAGCGGGCGGCUCUCCUGCAGACGGGGAAAGGAGUUCCCAGAAUCCCAUGCUGGAGUGGAACAUGACUAGCAGAUGGGUGCUGAAUCUGGGCGUUCUGCGUGACCCGGGGUCAGAGGUCGAGGACCAUCAGUAUCAGACUGACCUGCAGUGCAUCAACAUGGGCACGGCUCACUGGGACGAGCUGCGGCCGGAGCGCGAGGGGUCAGCGGGCGGCUCUCCUGCAGACGGGGAAAGGAGUUCCCAGAAUCCCAUGCUGGAGUGGAACAUGACUAAUGAAAGCAUGUGUGUUCAGGAUGGGACGCUGGAGUGUUUUGGGAAGUUGCAGCUGCUGGAGAAGCUGAAGCCGCUGCUGAAGCGAGACGAACAGUUUCUCGGUUUUUGCACAGAAGUGGUGGUGUGCGGCCACAGUCUGGAGAUUAACGUGACGUCCAGCCUGGAGCUGUUUCUGAGCACAGACCAGGUGCAGUUACUGCAGCAGCUCCUGCAGGCCAACGUGAUGCUAACGAGCGCAGACGACACCGCAGCGGACGUGUGCGGUCAUCAGCCGCAGUCCGCGGUCUCUGGUUCGAUGGAGAGUUUGUGUGGCAGCAGCGCCCCCUGCGGGCAGGACAGUGGGUUCGGCAGCGACAGCGCUCGUCUGCGGAUCGUUCAGAUCGAGCGGCAGAGCGGCACGGGUCAGCACCGCCUCGCCCGGCCGUCACAGCAGCCCACCAUCACCAAGAACCUCAGCUUCAUCCCGUUCGAUGUGUUCCUCACCGCCGGCCGCAUCUCUCUAAUGACGUACGCGACCGCGCCUGCGUCUAAACCCCCCGCUGAUGCCCCGGGAAAGAGCACGCUCGACGUGCCGGAGGACGAGACGGUUCGGGCCGGGGCUCUGUCCUCACUGACGGCCGAGGAUCUGCUCAACGCAAACACUGCUGUCGGGUCGACAGGGGUCCUGGGGGGCCGCUCGUCUGCGCGACAGGCUCUGGGCGUGACAGUGGUGAGACAGCCGGGCCGCAGAGGAGACAAAGACUGCAGCCUGCAGCCGAUGCUGUUCCUGCAGAGUUUGAACCCUCCCAGCAAUGGUUUUAAGGAGGUCUGUUUGUCGGUUCAGUGUGAGGACGUGUUGGUGCGGACGGGUCUGAAGGACAGAAGUGCAGUGUUUGUGGGUCCGUUCUCCUGCAGUGCAGAUCUGGAGGCUCAUUGGUGCAGACACCGCGGAAGCUCCGCCCCCGACUCACCUGGACCCCCGAGAGUGUUGAUUGACAUGAAGGCAUCUUCCAGUACAUACAGGACUCAGAAGCUGCCGUCGCCUCAUGAGGUGGUGUUUUGGAGGGAGACGGACGAGUCUCCAGGUGUGAUGCUGUGGCGGUAUCCUCAACCGCGUGUGAUCACGUUCCUCAGGAUCACACCUGUUCCCUUCAACACCACUGACAUCAGUACAGCCGACCUUGGGGACGCGCUGCAAGUGCCCUGCAGUCUGGAGUUCUGGGAUGAGCUGCAGUGGGCAUUUGUGCCGUAUAGAGAGUUCAGCCUAUCAGAGAGCAGUGUGUGUGAGCUGACCCUGCCCACUCUGACCCCCGACACACGCCAGACUGACCUGGUGACCUCUGACCUCUGGAGAGUGGUGCUCAACAGCACCAGUGACGGUGGAGACGAGAGUUCGGACAGUGAAUCAGGUGCCCUGUGAGCAGCUGGUGUGUCCCACCGCUCUGGCCGCGUGUGGACUCGUGUUUUGCGCCGUGGUUCGUGCCUUCAGUGGGCGUCUCCAUACAACUGGUGUACCUGGAGCUGCGCUUCUGUCACAACCUGCAUCAACUGG